CAACGCAACGUAAUUAUGGAGAAUGAUAAUUAUGAUGACACGAGUAGCGGAGAUGGCGAAGACGUGCUUGGCGAAUGGAAUUCCUGUUUAUUAUUGGAUGAUGCGGAAUCGUCGCUUCCGCGCGUGCGAGCUUCGUCGGUCGCUAGGGGAGACGGUCACGACUCCUGCAACGCUCAACCUCAACAUCAACACCAUCCUUUAUUGAAUGCCGCUGUGCGUUCUCCAACGUCCCCCACGUACAGUUUGUGCGGGUCUCGCCUCCGUUGGAUAAACACUGUAGAGCAGCUGCUACUGGGAGUCCCCUAUUUUUACCGUCCUGCAUUGUCUGUGCUCACUCACACAAAGAGGGAACUGUGUAACGUCAACGGGAAAGCACUGAGCAGACGACAGCUUUGUCAUAGGUAUCGCGAUACUCGUCACUCGAAUCAAAUUUCUUUCAUAUCAGUCGCUCACUUCCCCUUUGAGCAAGUCAGACGCGAUUUGAAGUGCGCUCCCCAAGGCGAAAGCAGGAUAUUUGCUACAAACUGCACAGAGUUGUCUUCAUCAGCAGCAGCAUCAGUGAUCAAAACACAGGAAUUUAGCUGUAGCAUUUCCAGGAGUAGCGAGUCUUGUGAUAACAGUAACUGCAGCUACUUCAGCGGACGUUUCACCAGCUUCUUCGCCAUGCCUGUCCCGGAGAGUUUCCGUUCGACAUGGAGUACUGAUCACGUCCCUGCUCUCCACAUCUCUUCCACGCCGGAUAAGCUGAAAAAGCUAAAGGAAAUACGACGAGAUGAUAAUUUUAACAUCGAGGAGGUUACAGAGACAGAGGUGCCUGCCAGCCGGCUCCACUCGGGGUCCCGAAACGGUAACGGCCACCUUCACCACCACGACGACGACACCGAACAACUUUCCGAGGACAUCCAGUCCUUACAUCGGCAACCCAAGAACCCCGAGUACUCCGAGUCCGUCACCGUAUCGCGUAUCCCCGCGCAUCAGGAAUACCGCUACGGCAUGCGGUGCGACAUCGAGAACCCAAGACGUUACCGCGACGCAGUCCAACUCGUACCCGGUCAGACCAACCCCGGUCGGUACUACAGCACUUUCACGCAGUGCUACAUCAACAGCUCGUACCGCCGCCGCCGGUACAGGGAGACCGUGUACAUCCGACUCAACGCGCCGAACCCAAAGCAGUACUCCACCAAGGUGUUCGUCUUCCCCCAGUCGGUGAGGGAGACAUUCGUCAGCGAGGUCGAUCACCAUGACGAGGAGACGAUAAAAUGGUACAAGGUGGGCGUCAAAAUGGAGGCCAGGGACUAUGUGUCGGUCAAAUUCAUGCAAGUGAAUUGAUCAGGGCGAAUAUGUGUGUUGCCAUGGUAAUGAAACAUUUCCAUAAAAUUACUAUGUUGGACGUUAUGAAUUAUUAUAUCAGGUCAUUUCUUUCAUGGAGUGAAAUUAUGCACCAUCGCUUGCUCGAGCAUUGGCUGUGUGCAUCGACGGAGACUUGACCGAACCACAUCCAUUCGUAUUCUCGAAUCUUCGUGUAACCAACCAACAUCUGGGAUAUUUAACCGACGGUGAAAUAAUCAUGAAAAGAUACUAUUUUCUUCCACGAAACAUACUAAAAGAGAGUUAACACAUAUUGGUAAAACAAAUAGAAAGAAUGACUAAUAAUGAUGUGUGAGGACUUUUGAUCAUAAUGUCCAUUGACACUCUGGAAUAGGUAACAAGGAACAUUGUUUGUAUCCAUACAUGAUUAGUGAUGCCCCUGGUGUUCUGAAAUAAGGAGUGCAUUGUUAUGACUCAUAGAUUAGAAUGGUGAUAAAGUAAAACCUGUAUAUAAAGACCACGCAAGUGAAAAGCGUACUUUAUAGGCAGGUGAUUCUUCUAUAGUCCUACAGGUCACUAUGUGAUCUUUCCAUGCAGAUUACUGUGUGGACUUUCUAUACAGGUUCCCCAGGAUACAUAUUCCAAGAGAAAUACAGUCAAGAGGAAAAUGAGAUCUUGAAAGACACGUGGUCUUUAUAUACAGGUUUAUAUACAGGUCGCCACUGACGUAGGUUUGUCUUUAUAACUUAAACUUCAAUUAAUUAUGCAAUGCUUAUUUUGUAUAGGGGCAAUAUAUCGGGUCAACUCACGUUUAAUUAUAUACCUUCGUAUUUUACGAUCAUGCUUACCUUUUUUUCUGCAUCGAGAUUCUAAAGUAUUCUUUCUUUGUACUUUGUUGGCUGAUUAUAAUCCAAUGCAAACGUUCAAGAUACUUUGAAAAUACCCCUCUCCUGUUUUAAUUUUCUUGGCUUGAAGUUGAAACUAUUUAUGUCUGUAUAUUAAUUAACUAAAUAUAUUUCCCCCUGAAAAUCAAAUGAAUUCUUUCUUUUUUUCCAAAGUAGUAAACCUUGUUUUUCUGAAACUUUCAGGGAUGUUUUUCUUCAAUCCUAAGACAGAGAUUAAUAACUAAAAGUAAUUACUGGCAUGUGUAUGUGAAAAUAAUUGAAAUAGUUUAUAAUUCACGAGAUCAGGGCUUCUUAUAAAGAGUUGAUAUCAAUCGUAAUUAUUAAUAUAAGAAAGUGUGAAGAUAUUAUUCCACACUCGAAGAAUAGCGUCUAAAAAUCUAAUACAAUUUUACUCGAGUAUGAAACAAAGAGAUGGAGACAUUCCUCUGUAUGCUCAAACAUUCUCGGUUCAUCCAAAGAGAGAAAAUAUUAAUCCAUUCCAUAUUCCAUAAAUAUCAUAUUAGAACCAGAUAUGAAUAUCAAUAGCAAUAACAUUGGAUACGUGUAUAAGUCAUGAUCCACCACGCAAGAUGCCCAAGGUGCUCAAAAUUAAUGUAUCCCUGGUUUCCAGGCUACCGAUUUCGGUGCUCACACCGUUGAAGGAACGAACCCCUUCCUCUCGGUACCCAUUGAAUUUUUGGGUAGAGAUAGGAAAAUGUUGAGAAAUGUCGUACCAAAGGUCUCUAGUACUGCCCGUGACUGGAUGCUUAAAUCACUCGACUACCACAUCACAUUUCCUAGUUCGUCCCCAACAUAGACUUGGAUGAUUAUUGAAUUUCUAGGAGAAAGUCUUAGUAAUCUUUUUACAGAUAAUUUAUUAGUUAGAAAAAAAAUCACUGCCUAAAAAAAUAAAUUAUAGAAUUUAUUGAUAUUUGAUGGGGUUAAUUAUUUUCGUCAUUAGUUUGAAAAAGGAUUUGCCCGAGACACUAGAUUGGCUUUAUAUAUUUAUCGUAACAAUUAUACCCCCCCCCCGAUCCAUCAGGCUGAUAUUUUUAGUCAAAAAUAUUACAUUUAGGAAAAUUAAUUUCAGCAGUCACAGAGACUUUCGAAAAUGAACUUAGGGUAAUUUCAAUACCCUAUUGAAAAGGCCAUAUAUUGAAAUUAACUUAAAACUUUAUUUUUCAAACGCUUUCCGUACUAUUUUUAUCAAUCAUAUCAUUUUUUAGGAGAUUCCCAAAUUUUAAAGAAAAGUAGAAAGUUGUAGAUAGAUAUAGUAUGUUUCUAUACAUUCGCAAUUCAUUGUGUAUUAUAAUGUAAAUACAAUUUUUUAGUAUUUAGUGUGUACUGUUUGUGAUCGUGAUGAUUGUGUUUUUCCAUGUUAUAAUAAAUUGUAUCAUGCUGCAGAUUGUAAAUAUUUGUUUGUGAUGAAAACGAAUAAUAAAUGAUGAAAACUACAGUCUUUGCAAAUUA